GCAGAUUGAUUUAGAGUUGACAUCAAAAGGGGUUAUUGUAAUGCAAUGGAGGAUUGUCUUCAUCAUGGAAGCUUAAUAAAUAUUGUAUUCUCUUGGACUUUAGAGGAACUUCUUAAUGAGAAUCUUUUCAAAUUCCAGGUACCGAAGAUUCCGAGGACAUUCUCGUCAACUAAUGAUUACAUGAAUUCAUUCAUGCCUGCAUUGGUUGAGGAAACACACACUGAUUUGUAUUCCAGCUUGUUAAGUGUUCCUCAAGCUUCUUUUUGCGAAAUCAGGACAAUGGAAAUAUCCAAAGACUUCAACCGUCCUUACGACUUGUCCUAUCAAUUUACAUUGAAGAACAUUACUGAUGAGGUCUAUGGUGUAGGAAAAUAUGUACCUGAGACUGGUGAUCUCAUUGCAUUUACAAAUAUUCGUCCGAGAAGCGUGUCUGACUUGAGCAGGAUCGGAAGUUACUGUCAUAUAGGUUAUAUUUUUGGAUCAAAAGAUGAAUUUAAUGAUGAGUUUCCUGUACUGUUGUCGAAGGAGAUGCAAAAUAACUUUGAUUCGAGGAGGAACAAUGCUCAGAAACUUUAUGCAGUGUUUCUCGUUAACAUGACAACAAAUAUUCGUAUUUGGAAUGCAUUGAACUCAGAGAUGGAAGGAUCCAACAUAAAUAUAAUUAAGAAAGUGUUGCAGCCUUAUUCAAUGAUGGAACAAAGCUGUCAUACUUGUUUGUCAAGAGAAAAUCUCGGUCGAUCCAACUCUCGAGUACAAAACAUAAUCAAACCUCAAAAUCUGAACAAAUAUCAGGAAGAUGCUGUUCUAAGUUGUCUUCAUAUGAACAAAUGUCUUCACAAUGAUCCUGUUAAACUCAUAUGGGGUCCACCAGGAACCGGAAAAACAAAGACUGUCGCGUCAAUGCUAUUUUGUCUUCUCAAGUUAAAAAUCAGAACAGUGACAUGUGCUCCAACAAACACUGCAGUGUUGGCGGUGGCGUCGCGCCUUCACACCAUAGCUAAGGAUUCACUUGAGCAUGGUUCAUAUGGUCUUGGUGACAUAGUACUAUUUGGAAAUAGUGAAAGAAUGAAAAUUGACUCUUAUAAAGGUCUUGGUGAAGUGUUUUUGGAUAAUCGAGUUGAUGAUUUGUUGAAAUGUUUGUCUCCAAUGACUGGAUGGAAAAAUAGUUUGGAAUCAAUGAUCAAAUUACUAAAGUAUCCUCAAGAGCAAUAUGAUCUGUAUAAGAAUAAUGUGAAUGAAGAUGAUGAAAAUGUCAUUUCAUUAGAAGAAUUUGCUAAGGAAAACUAUAGCCAUGUGAAAAAUGCAUAUUGGUCAUACAAGGAACGUUCUAAGAAUGAUUGUCCUAUGACAUUGGAGGAAUUUGUGAAGAAGAAAUAUAGUUAUAUUGUUGAACAAUAUGACAUAUUUAAAGAAGAUAAAAAGUUAAGUGUUGGUAUGAAUAUGGAACAGUUUCUAAGACAAAGAUUUUGUUUCUUUGGAGGGAAAUUGAAGUCAUUCAUGAAAAUGUUGUGUACUCACUUACCAACAUGUUUUCUACCAAUUAAGGUGGCCAUGAAAAUUUUUAGAGUUCUUGAGUUGCAAAAAUCUCUUGAAGUUUCUAUGACUCAAACCAAACCAAAACAAGUUCUUCAAGCUUGUGAUGAUGGAAAUGAUGGAAAAGACAUUUUUGGUUGGUUUGGAUGGUUAAGUUUAGAAAAAGAAGAGUUUCUUCAAACUCUUUGUUUUCUCUGUGAGGCUAUUAGUAGUAAGCUUCCUAAAGUUACAUCAAGAUAUGGAAUAUCGCAACUUUGCUUGAAGAAUGCAUGCAUUCUUUUCUGUACUGUUUCGAGUUCUACGAAGCUGUACAUAGAAGGAAUGAAAGAAGUGGAGUUUUUGGUGAUUGAUGAAGCUGCUCAACUUAAAGAAUGUGAAUCAACUAUUCCAUUGCAAUUGCUUGGCCUCAAACGUUGUGUUCUCAUUGGUGAUGAGAAACAACUUCCUGCUAUGGUUAAAAGCAAGAUUGCUGACAAGGCUGAAUUUGGAAGAAGCUUAUUUGAGAGGCUAGCAAUGUUGAAAUACAAGAAACAUAUGCUUAAUCUUCAAUAUAGAAUGCAUCCAUCUAUAAGCAGAUUCCCAAGUAAAGAGUUCUAUGGUGGUCAACUUUCUGAUGCUAACAUUGUAAGAGAAAUAACUUACAACAAACGUUUCCUUGAAGGAAAAAUGUUUGGCCCUUACUCUUUCAUUAACAUAUCUAAGGGUAAAGAGCAGUCUAAUCAUGAUCAUAGUUGGAAGAAUGUGAUUGAAGCUGCUGCAAUCUCUGAGAUUAUUGGAAGACUUAAAAAUGAGUUUGUGAGGACAAGGAAUAAUGUUAGCAUAGGAAUCAUAUCUCCAUACAAGGCACAAGUUAAUGAAAUCCAAGAGAAAGUGAAGCAGUACAUGAUUUCAGAUCCUCACUUCACCGUUAAUGUCCGUUCUGUUGACGGCUUUCAAGGUGGCGAAGAAGAUAUCAUUAUAAUAUCUUCUGUCAGAUCCAACCUUGGUGGAAAUGUUGGCUUUCUUUCCGACAGAAGAAGAGCAAACGUUUCAAUCACCAGAGCUAGACAUUGUCUUUGGAUAGUAGGAAAUGCAACAACUUUAACCAACAGCAAUUCUGUGUGGAGAAGGGUUGUUGAUGAUGCUAUGAAAAGAAACUGUUUCCAUAAUGCUGAUGAGGACAAGAAAUUGAAUCAAGUUAUUGAGGAUGCUUUGUUUGAGUUUGAACAGCUAGAUGAUUCUGCAUCAGCAUUUAAUAAACUAAGCAUAAGGGACAUGUCAGAAACUUAUGCUUUCACUAGCAAACCAUUGACAUUUUGGAGACCCGCGAACAAUAUAUCGAAGAAUGGAGACAGUAUGCUGCAGCGUUAAAUUUUUUAGAGAGAAUUUGCCGCCUAUUUGGAUCUCACAAGUCUCGAGAAAUUAAUCUUUCAAGUUGCGUGUAGAGGAUACCUGAUUAUGCCGAAAAAAUAUAUAGUGAAGAAUGAAGACAUUGAAGCUCAGUGAUACAGUCAUCUAGGUGUUUA